GUGGCGGGAACAUGUCGAGGAAAACUGGCCUAAACUGAGACAGAUGGAGACUGUGCUGGAGUAUGACAGUGAGGAGCAACUUAGAAGAGGAGAUACACAAGAGGAGGAGGAGGAGGAUGCCCGAGAGCUGGAGGGGGCUCUCAGUAACUUCCACGUCUCAGCUCCUCAGCAGCAUCUCCGGAGCGUCGACGAGGUGGACAACUUAUGUCCUGAGUCCUACAGGAUCAACUCUCCUGAUGAGAUUCGACUGUUGGCCAUUGCCGACAAUUUCCAGCGUCAGUAUUCACACUUGUAUCCCGACCGCAAGCCGCUGCUGCUCUGCCCUGUCAAUGAAUGUGGUAUGAAGAAGUUCGUGUCCACGACUCUUCGGCCCACACCGACAAUGUACCCUGAACUUUUCACCUGGGGGGGCUGUGCUUCCUUUGUGGCUAACUUCCUGUCUCUGGACCCUUUGGAGCCGCCUGUCGACAUGCCCAGGUACCUGUUCUCCUCCACCUCAGUGCUGCAGAGUCAGAGAGCCACAUGUUUUGAAUUUGCCACCCUGCUGUGCAGCCUGCUGCUGGGCGCCCAGUACGACGCCUACUGUGUCAGCGGCUACGCGGUAAAGGAGAUGUGUGUGCUCGACCAGAGCCUGCAGGAGUGCCCUCUGCUGGACACUAAGGUCAAGAGUGUGAUCUCAGAACAGGAAACACAGGAGAACAAAUACACAGUGAAAGCUCAGAGGGAAAUGAAGAGUCACUUUAUGAUGGGGCAAGAGAAGAAGAAGCAGGAUGCCGAAGCCGCGUUGCUUCAAAAACAAAAACUACUGGAGGAGAGUGAGCUGCGACCCGCUGACCCGCUGCGAGGACUGCGGGUGCACUGCUGGGUGCUGGUGCUGUCAGGAAGUCGGAGCGUCCGGGAAAACUUCUUCAUCGACCCUCUGACCGGUAUCAGCUACAGCACCGUCGAUGACAACUUCCUGGGCAUCGAGAGCCUGUGGAACAAUCUCAACUACUACGUCAACAUGCAGGACUGCAGCAACGGCUGCACUGAUAUGGUUUAUGACCUGGAAGAUUUAAAUAUGUGGGAGCCAGUCUUGUACGGUGCAACCAGCAGAAAGCAGCUGAUUCUUGACGUCUUGAAGAGAAAGGAGACUAAGAUGAUGGGCAAAAUUAACAAAGUUGAGGAGGGGGAGGAGGAACCCCGAGUUUUUGAGAUGCCAAGAUCCUGGGUCAGUUACAUCACUAUCUCAAAAAAAGACCUGGAGACCGGCUGGCCGGGAGGACAGAAGGUGACCCGCUACAGAAAAGCUCAGCUGGAGAAGUUUUCACCGUACCUGAGGCCAGACGGCCUGGUCACACGACUGACUGCAUACAAGGACCUGGACUGCACUGAGGUUGCCGUGGUGAAGGAGUGGUAUCAACACAGAAACGACCACUUGGAGAAGAGGGAGGUCAACAAGGUCGACAACUUCACCACAGAGCGCUUCAAACGUGGGCGACGUUUCCACCUUCUGUUUCACAGGUACCCAUCCAUGGCGGCAGACACUGUGCAUGAGAUGGACUUCAGCGGCACUCGCAGCGACGAUCUGGUGCGGAGGGUGGUGUCACCGGGGGAAAUGACGGAGAUCUUCGAGGGCCGGGCCGACUUCCUCCACUACAGGCACGUCGUCUUCGACCGACACGUCCAGUCUUCAGAACCACGUGUGAACGCUGACCCAGAAAACCGACUGCUACAGGUGGUGGAGCGUUUCCACAGAAACAGAUCCAAACCAGCCAAUGAAGACGUGGCCGAGCGAGUGUUCCUAAUGUCUCAAAGGCGGAUCGAGGUGACCUAUCACUUAGAGGAUCACCGAUUUAUCCCUUCAAAGAGGAGCUUCACCAAACCGCGAGAGUCAACGGAAGAAAAGAAGGCCGAGGACUUCACCGCCGACAUGGUCUCCAGCUUCCAGGUGGAUCCAUCGGAGAAGCAACUUAAGACCCUGACUCUGUAUGAGAUGCUGAUGGCCCUGAUGAAGGAUGAGGAGAAGGUGUCUCUCCAAAUCAAACAGUCUAAGAAAGAGGUGGGAGACAUUGUGGCCUGCAGAGAGCAGGAGGAGGGAGACAUUCGGCUUUUCUUCUCCCCCUGGACCACAGCAGGAGCAGCUAGGGCUCGCAGCCAGAGACAGGAAAUGGCGCGUCUGGCUGUGGAGGAGCAGAGGUGGCUGCAGGAGAAGGAGAAAGACAUCCUGGCCCCCCUCCUGAUCCGGCUGGACAAUGCAGAGACCCUGAGCGCAGAGGACGCCAAGCAGCUCCACCAGCGCUGCUUGGUCGAGUUCAAACAGCGAAUGGUGGAGCACGCCAACCUCAUUCAGGAACGCUACGAGAAGGAGACGCAGGAGCUGCAGAGGAAGCAGCAGUGGUACCAGAAGAAUCAGCUCGACAUGACGGAACAGCAGGAGAAGGAGUACCGGACCUACUGCUCUGAGAAAACACUACAAAUACACGUCGCCAAGAAACGGCUCAGCAUGCACAGGGAAGCGGCUCCUCAGAAGUACCGAGCUCUUGAUCAGAAGCUGAGACGAGACCCUCGACUGGCCCCUCACCUGCUCGGAUGAGCCAAAUACCUGCCUUCUUGUUUUUAAGGAGCAUAUGGAAUUUUAUGCAUACUGGAUUCCGGGAACAGUUAGCAAACCACCAGAUAACCGGAGAGGCUUCAAAUGGUGAAGGACCCAGUCAGUCAGAGAUGUGUUUUGGACAAGCAUGGACAAGUUCCUAAUCAUGCCUGAACAUGAAUCCUCCUGCUAUGUUUCUAAGAGGGUAGUGUGCAGACUGAGGCAUUUAUAUUAAAGUUUGGAUCCGUGACUACA